AUGUAAUCGUAAGAAAAUUGGUUAGACAACUCUAUAGAACCAUUUCAAAAGUUUUAAUAAGUAAAAUAUAGUUUAAUUUAUAGGCGCAUUCUAAUUCUAUUGAAUGUUUGUAAUUUAAUCCUUAGAAUCAAUCAGAGUUAGCAACAGGUUCUCAUGAUAAAUUAAUAAAACUAUGGGAUGUUACUAAGUAAAAAGAAUCAGCCAAAUUUUCAGGACAUAAGUAUUAUUCAUUUAUAUAUAUUUAGAGAAGGAAUUUGGUCAAUUAGUUAUUCGCUUGAUGGAAAAUAAAUUUUUAGCGGAUCUCCUGAUAAAUCAAUUUUAGUUUGGGAUGCAAAAAGUGGAAAGAAUAUAUAAGCUUUAAAAGAACAUAAAAAUAGAGUAUGAUAUGGAUUAAUGAAUUAGAUAUAUUGGAUUCAAGUGAGUGAUAAUGGAUUAUAUCUAGCUAGUGGAGGAUAAGAUGGUCAUUUAAUUCUUUGGGAUUUAAGAAAAUUGAAACUUAUCAAAGAUUUAUAAAGUAAAUAAGUAAAAAUAAAUUAUAGUUUCAAUGGAUAUAGUUUACAACAUUAAUUUUAGUCAAUAGAGUAAAUACUUUUUUACUGGAGAUUCUAUGGGAGUUAUCAAGGCUUAUGAUAGUUAGAAAAUAGAAGAAAUUUCAAAUACAAAACCUACAUAGAAGAAUAAAUGUUAUGUGAUUUAGUCUUUAAAAAUGUCAGAAGACAAUUAUAAAUUAUUUGUAGCUUCAAAAGUAAUUAAAUAUUAUAAUAAAAGAAUUAAAGUAUUAGUGAGUAUAAUUUUGAUGGUAAGAAGAAAGAAUUAACAAAGGUGAACUAAUCUCCUGUGCAUUGUGAUAGUGUAUGAUAGUUUAAUUAUAGAAAUAGGUUCAUUGUUUAAAUUUCGAUAAAGAUAAAAGAAGAUUUGCUACAGGGGCAAGAGAUGGAGCUGCAAGAGUUUGGUAAACUGAAAGGAAAGGAGCAUUUUAUAAUCCUUUGUUUAAUUUAAUUGGACAUAAAUAAAGAGUUACUGCUAUUGAAUUUCAUGGAACUGGAAAAAUUAUAGCUUCAUGUAGUUGGGAUUAAAAUAUCCAUUUAUAUAAAAUAUGA